AUGCUCAGCCUGUUCGGUUUCGGACCCUUCAUCUACGGUGCGCAAGCCGACACAGUCACUCCUACUAUCAAGAUCUUAACUGACAAUUGUCUCCCAGCAAGCUGCCUCUUCCUCAACGCCGUCGCCAUUCUCUCCGAAGACCGUUUCCUUGCUCGAAUUGGCUGGGGCAAAUCACAAUUGAACGACCCUGCCGCAGGAGGCGCCGCGUUUGGUACACCCGGUCAAGACCCUGAGAGUUUCCGCAGCAAGGGCAUCAACCUCAUAUCCAGUAUAAGGACGUUAUGUCGAGUGCCUCUGAUAUUUGUCAACACGGUCAUAAUCAUUUAUGAGCUUAUGCUGGGUUAG